UCCGCCAGGGCCGGAGCGGCGGGUCUCGGGGUGACAGUUGAGGAUGGCCGGCGCCGAGGGCUCCGCGGGGCGGCAGGCCGAGCUGGAGCCCGUGGUCUCGCUGGUGGAUGUUCUCGAGGAGGACGAGGAGCUGGAGAACGAGGCUUGCGCCGUGCUGGGCGGGAGCGACUCGGAGAAGUGCUCCUACUCGCAGGGAUCAGUAAAAAGGCAAGCACUGUAUGCCUGCAGUACCUGUACCCCAGAAGGAGAAGAGCCGGCAGGCAUUUGCCUGGCUUGCAGUUACGAAUGCCACGGAAGCCACAAGCUAUUUGAAUUGUACACAAAGAGAAAUUUUCGUUGUGAUUGUGGAAACAGCAAAUUUAAAAAUUUGGAAUGCAAACUAUUUCCUGAGAAGGCCAAGAUCAAUUCUGGCAAUAAAUACAAUGACAACUUCUUUGGACUAUACUGUAUCUGUAAGAGACCUUAUCCUGACCCUGAAGACGAGGUUCCAGAUGAGAUGAUCCAGUGUGUGGUCUGUGAAGACUGGUUCCAUGGAAGGCAUCUUGGUGCCACCCCUCCUGAGAGUGGGGAUUUCCAGGAGAUGGUAUGUCCUGGCUGCAUGAAGCGCUGCUCCUUCCUAUGGACUUAUGCCGCACAUUUGGCAGUCACCAAAGUAGCUGCUGAGGAUGAAGGGUUGGUCAUAGUUGAUCAGGAAGUGGCCAAACCUGAAAAUGGGACUCACGAAGAGAAUAGCCCCAAAGAGGAAACCCCAGAUCAUGAGAAGGACGCUGUGAAGGAUGUUAAAGCAGAGCGGACUACUGAACCAAGUGCCAGCUCUAGUUCUGAAGCUGACCUCCAGACCAUGUUGAAGAAUCACCUGAACUCCGAGUCCCAGCCUGGCUGCCGGUUUGAGGCACUUAAAGUGAAGACGCUAAUCAAGAGAGAUGCUGCCACCUACUGGCCCCCGAGCUGGCGCAGCAAGUUAUGCACCUGCAAAGACUGUCUGAAAAUGUACAACGACCUGGAAGUGCCGUUCCUGACAGAUGAAUGUGACACAGUUCUGGCCUAUGAAAACAAGGGCAAGGUUGACCAGGCCUCGGAGCAGAGAGAUCCACUCAUGGACACACUCAACAGUAUGAACAGAGUCCAGCAAGUGGAGCUCAUUUGUGAAUAUAAUGACUUGAAGAGCGAACUUAAAGACUAUCUCAAGAGAUUUGCUGAUGAGGGCACGGUUGUUAAGAGAGAGGACAUUCAGCAGUUCUUUGAAGAAUUCCAGUCUAAGAAGAGACGGCGGGUAGAUGGGAUGCAGUAUUACUGCAGCUAAAGUGAGGCCAACGCCUUGUCCCCGGCCAGGGGAAAAUGCCACUUGUCGUUCCAGGAAUAAAAGGCCCCUUUACACAGUUGGUCCAUGAGGCUGGUCUUCUCAUUGGAGAAGACUCCUCCUCCUUCCUCUGCUGCUCCACCCCCACCCCACCUCCAGGUUCCUUCCUUCCCUGUGUCCCCAUGGUCCCCAGGUCCACUCUCAACCCAUUCUCCUCUCCUAACCUGCUCACUCAUCCCACACUUCAGCCCUUGCCUUCCAUCUAUUUGGGCCAUUUGCUUCUCUGUUAUAA